AUGGAUGCUUACUCAGGAUACAAUCAAAUCCCCAUGCAUGAGCCAGAUCAAGAACAUACCUCAUUUAUAACAGACAGGGGGUUGUAUUGCUAUAUAGGGAUGCCAUUCGGGCUAAUCAAUGCUGGCGCAACUUACCAACGCCUUGUGAACAUGAUGUUUAAAGACCAGAUUGGUAAGACUAUGGAGGUUUAUGUCGAUGACAUGCUGGUUAAGUCCAAGGAGGCGCAAGAUCACAUUCGGCACUUGUCUGAAAUGUUUGACAUACUUAGGAAGUAUCGAAUGAAAUUGAAUCCCCAGAAGUGUGUAUUUGGAGUUGAAUCUGGUAAAUUCUUGGGGUUCAUGGUAAAUCAUCGAGGGAUCGAAGCUAAUCCUGCAAAAAUCAAGGCAUUACUCGAUAUGAAGUCUCCUCAGAAUGUGAGGCAGGUUCAGAGUCUUACGGGAAGGAUAGCAGCAUUAAAUAGAUUUGUGUCUAAAUCCUCAGACAGAUGCAAGGAGUUCUUUAAAGCUAUCAAGGAGGCUGGGAAAACGUUUGUAUGGACGGAUGAAUGUGAAGAGGCCUUCCAAAAGAUAAAGGAACAAUUGGGAAAGCCACCUCUCUUGGCCAAACCCGUAGAAGGGGAAACAUUGAUCUUAUACCUGGCUGUUUCAAGAUACUCGGUCAGCGCCGUUCUUGUAAAGGAGGAGAAGGAUGUUCAGUUCCCGGUAUAUUAUGUUAGCAAAAGGCUGUUGGAUGCUGAGACAAGAUACACAAGCAUGGAAAAGUUGGUAUACUCUCUGAUCUUAGCAGCAAGGAAACUUCGUCCAUAUUUUCAGGCACAUAAGAUUGAGGUAAGAACUUCAUACCCUCUCCGCCAAAUUAUGCAUAAGCCAGAAGCAACGGGAAGAUUGAUGAAAUGGGCAGUAGAGCUAGGACAGUUUGAUUUGGAGUAUAAGCCUAGGGCUACUGUCAAGGGUCAAGCUCUGGCUGAUUUCUUGCUAGAAUUUGAAGAUGAUAGCCAAGAAUGGGCAAUAGUGCCAUAUAGUCCCAACAUUGAGCCUAUUGACGGACUUCUGAUAGAGGAUGAUGCAUGGUGGAAUUUGCAUGUUGAUGGAGCUGUCAACUCAGAUGGAGCUGGUGUAGGGAUAGUUUUGGUUAGUCCCGGGGGGUGUCGAUUGUUAAGUGCCAUCCAUUUAGGGUUCCCUGCAACCAAUAAUGAUGCAGAAUAUGAAGCUUUGAUCAAUGGUCUAGCCCUAGCAGUAGAGAUGAAGGCUAGGAACCUUAUUGUGUAUAGUGAUUCAAUGUUGGUGGUCCACCAGGUAAAUGGGGGGUUCUUAGCUCGAGGAUGGAGGACGAACUUGUACAUGACCCAUACACAAGAGUUAAUGAAGAGGUUCAAAGAGGUACAUUUGGAAAAGGUUCCUCGCGAGAAAAAUGAAGGUGCUGAUGCAUUAGCCAAAGCCAGUUCCAGAAGGGACACCAAGUUAUUGGGAACUAUCCAAUUCUGCGUUCAGGAGAAGCCCAGUGUGUCAGAAGCACAGAAGGUCACCCGGUUCAGAGAAGAUCUGAUGGAGGUGGAGGAUGAAGUUGUGGAUACUUGGAUGACCCCUAUACUUAAGUUCAUCCAGGAGGGUCAGCUCCCGGAAAGUGUAAAGGAAGCCAGAAGUCUCAGAUACAAAGCAGCUAGAUUUGUAAUAUAUGACGGUGUCUUGUACAAGAGAGGGUUCAACCAGCCGCUGCUGAAGUGCAUUGCAGGGGAAGAGUGCAAUUAUAUCUUAAGAGAAGUGCACGAAGGAAUAUGCGGCAAUCACUCGGGGGGUAGUUCACUUGCACUGAAGAUCCUUAGGCAAGGAUACUACUGGCCAACUAUGAGGAGUGAAGCAAGCAAGUUCGUGCAAGCAUGUGACAAGUGCCAGCGAUUUGCCACAUAUUCAUCUCGUCCUGCAGCAAGUCUGACUCCGUUACUCAGUCCAUGGCCAUUCGCUUUGUGGGGGAUAGAUCUCAUUGGAGAGCUUCCAAAAGCCAAAGGAGGAGUCAGGUAUGCAGUAGUGGCAGUAGAUUACUUUACAAAAUGGGCCGAGGCCGCACCUCUAGCAACCAUUACUGCUAAAAAGAUAACAAGUUUUGUAUUCAAUUCAAUCGUGUAA